AUGGCGGAGCCAGACUAUUCGGAUCUUCUUGUACCCAGAUUUUAUCCUGGUGCAGAUGUUGCACAGCCCCUGUCAAAGAAACGGAAGGGAGAAGCAGAAGCAGCAGAAGCAGCAGCAGCAGCAGAAGAAGAAGAAGAAGUAGAGCAGCAUGAAGAUGCAACGACAGACGACGACGAAGAAGAAGAGCAGCAGCAGCAGCAACAGCAGCAACAGCAGCAGCGGCUAGCAGCACCUACAGCAAUAGACCCAUUAGAAUGGGCACGAAGCCUUUUUGGUGAUUCUGCUGCAGCAGCAACAGCACCAGGAGGAGGAGCAGCAGGAGCAGCAGCAGCAGGUGCAGACAAACCAGGUAGAGUAGGCCCAUCCAAAGACAGCAGCACCACCACCAGCAGCAGCAGCAGCAGCGCAGCAGCGCAGCGGCUGUCGCUCCCUGCCUGUGCUACUGAGUUGUCUUUUAUCAUUCCUGCCUUUGUUAAUCAAAGAAGCAACAAGGAGAUGCGUCUCAUUGAAUAA